AUGAUGAUGAUGAAGAUGCAAACUGGUGUACUGGCAUUUUUGUUUGCUCUCUCCGUAGCCUCUCUUGUUGAAUUCGGAUUGGCUUCUCCCGAUACCAUUCCUGCCUUCCUCUGGUCUCCGCAUCUCCAGUCUGCUAAUGGGGAAGUGGAUGGGGCUGUAAAUUAUCAGGUCAUGUCUGCAAAGGAUCUUGUUGAUUCUGUUUUCACUCAAGGAGGCUGGUCAAACUUUCUGUGUUCAGAGAAGAAUUUGGAGCAAGUUGUUGAUGUUGUAGAGACGUAUGUAUGA